UUCGGUGGUUGUUUUUAUAUAUCAUGUUACAUGUUAUACCUAUUUUAUUUUUAUUUAAUUACAUAGGUAUUUACAUUUUUUCUGUGAUAGAAUAAAUCAUGGAAAAUCAGUGAUUUUUGUACUUUGGAUUACUAUUUAAAUUAUUUAAAAUAGUCUGAUAUCAUCAAAGCGGUUAGAACUUCUUUACAUUCAGGAAUGGAGCAGAAAAAGGGAAGUAUCAUGUUCUACGAAAUAUGUAGAUUGUGCCUGGAUGAGCAUGGGUUCUGUGAUAUAUUUGAGAAGGACGGUUUAUCAGCAGAUAUUCACAGAUGUACAGGAGUCAAGGUUUCACCUAUAGACAACUUGCCACAAAGGAUAUGUAAGAACUGUCUAGAUAUUGUAACCAAGGCGUCAGAACUCCGCGUAAAAGCCAAGAAAAACGAAUGCCAUCUCAAGUCACUCUUCGGUGAUGAUGAAAAUGAAAAAAUAAAGGAAUCCACAAUAAGUGAGGGAAUUCUACCUGAUAGCUCUGAACAAUCAGUGAGUGAACAAAGAAAUGAUCAUGACGAUAACAACACUGAAUAUGAAAUGUGUGAGACUUUUUAUAUCAUUGAAGAUCUAUCUCAACCAGACAGCUUACAGGAAACAGCAAGUCAAAAGAAAAUAAAGGAUGAUUUUAGCAAUCCUGAAAAUAAAUGUGAUAUAUGUUCAAAAAAGUUCGCAACAUACAAGAAGCUAUAUCUACACAACCGACUCCACAACAAGAACUACGCGUGUCCUAUAGAUGUGUGUGGAAAAAAGUUCGCCACUAAAAGCGACGUGGAGAAACACAUACGAACACACACGGGAGAGAAACCGUACGCUUGCGACCUGUGUGACAAGAGCUUUACACAAGGUGGUACACUCAAAACACACAAGGAAAAAGUGCAUACUGGUGAACGAGAAGCAUGUUAGAGGGUUUUAACUUCCAUGCUGUCUAGUCAUGUGCCCAUUCAUCGAGUUUCGAUGUGUAGUUUGUGCCAAAAACAUUUCUAUCAAAUAGUAUAUAUUUUUUCACCUCACUAGUUACGCGGCGCUUAGCUAAAAGGGCGCCUUUGCUGUCUAAAACCAGGGAGCAAAAGUCGUUUUUGCUCACUCAGUGAGAAAAAGCGUUGUCUCAAGUUGUCUCAAAAAUGAACUUUACUAUGUUGUUGUACAAAUAACUAAUUCUAUUAUUUUAUUGAUAUU